AUGAUUGCGCUGCUGGGGAUCAGCCAGCAGGAUCCAAGGCGAUUGGGGGAAAGUUUGUGGAUGUCGUCGAGGAGGACCACAACCACGGCCGUGUCGUCCUGGGCAGAGGCAGAGGAGCGGGCAAGUGGGGGGAUGAUGGUCUUUGCUGGCAUUGCUCUCGCCGCCCCGGCGCGCGUACCUGGUGUGAUGGGCGCGCUGCCGUGGGACCCAUCACGACUGUCACCAUCGACUGGUAGGCCUGGACCGGGGGAGAAGGAAAAGGGCAGCAAGUUAUGCCAGCACCGCCCUCGUCCCUGGGCGGCGGCGGCAACGAUGGAUAAGGACGUGGGCGGCGUGGACCAGCAUGAGCUCAUAAGUUUCCUUGACGACACGGAUACGAACGCAGACGAGUUUAUCCCGUCUUCUUGCUCGACUCCUUCUUCUGCUCCCGUUGCGCACUCUUUGAUCGACGAGGACGAGAUCGACAUCGAUCCCUCAUCAACAUCAGCAAUAACCACCAGCACCGGCGACAUAAUUUUCAACAGCAAUACUACUUCGUUCUACUCCUCCGCACGCUCGAGCCUCUCGUCAUCGACAACGAAUUUGACCUUUACGACAUCGGCAUCAACAACCAGCACAACGACGGCGACAAUGGCGCCAAUGACCAUUACCAUCGGCUACAUCAGCACUGAGGGAGGUGACAACGCCGCUAGGAGCAAUGGCAAGACAGCAGCGACGGUGGAGACGGCGGCGGCCGGCGGACGGACCAGCGAGGAUAGCGUGGACUGGUCUCACGGCCUCUGGAACUAUUUGCAUCACGGACUCGACGGGUACAGCUCGCCCGAUCUGCGGUUGCUCCAGCAGCACCAGCAACAGCAUAAACAAUCGUCAUCGUCAUCGUCACAUCAUAAUCUCCAUCUACGGCCCGACUCGUCGAGGAGCCACCAACACUUUCACUUCUCCCGGGCGAGCUCCGACGCGGGUUCCCGCUCUGGCCCUGGGUCUACGGCCACCGCGACCGCAACCGCAAAUUCGUCGACUACGUGGACGCUGUGGAGCGGCGAGAGCCACGAGAAGAGCGGCAGCAGCGGCAGCGGCAGCAAGAAGACCGUGGCGGCGACGUUAUCUGCAGCAAACUCUGUGGCAAUGAUGCCGACGAAACCAACAAAACUCGGCAUGCGGGAACCAUCGAUGUUGUCGACCGCCACAACCCUCGUGCCUCCUCCGCCGGUAUCGCCGUCGGGCUCCUUUGGGACGCAGAUGACGAAGCAGGAAUUCGAGGCGCUGCCGGAAGCCAUUCAGCGAAAGAGAGAAGGAGAGAAAGAGGCACAGACGCGGCCCGGGGAGAGUGUCAAGGACACGGAUGAAGUGGGCUCGGCCGAUCCUAGGAAGACGAAGAGGCGAGUCGAGGCCCUUCUACAUCUUCUCGGGUUCCUGAGCGUUGAGAUGAGAUGA